AUGGAGAAGAAGCCCCCGUGGCUUUGUACGGUCCUUCUCGUGAUCUUCUGCGUCCCCGGGAUCUUGGCUGAGAAGAUUCUGGAAGGCAAGGCCUUCGUCUUCCCCAAGACUUCUGCUGACUCCUACGUUCUCCUGAAGCCCGACUUACAGCAAGGGCUGAGACACUUCACCCUCUCCCUCGAAUUUUUCACCGACUUGACCCGCAGCCAUGUCCUCUUCUCGGCCGCUUCCCAGGAUCACGACAACGAGAUUCUCCUGAUGCGAAACCUUGAAGAGUACCACGCUUGUGUGGGAGGGGAGUGUGCCGUUUUCACAGUGCCCAGACUCGCAGCCAGGUCUACCUUCCACUGGGAAUCGGUUUGUACAACUUGGGAUUCAACUACCGGGAUAGUCCAGCUCUGGCUGGACGGUCAACGCUUGCCAAGGAAAGGGGCCGCCAAGGGCUAUGAGGUCAAGACGGAUCUGGUGGUGGUGCUGGGGCAGGAACAAGAUUCCUACGGGGGCAACUUUGACAGGGAUCAGUCCUUUGUGGGAGAAAUCGCUGAGGUCUACCUUUGGGACAAUGUCCUGCCUGCCGAACAAAUACGCAACAUGCAGAAACACACCACGCCGGCCCCUUUAGUGGCCUGGACCUCGCUGAAUUUUGAAAUCCGAGGCUACGUGUUGACAGAGCCUUUGUGA